GGGGGGGGUAAAUAGACCUGCACGUGUCGGAUCUUUUGUGUCUGUGUGUUGGGGGGGGGCACAUUUCCGUGAGAGUCCCCCAGAGACAGCUGGACUCCUGGCGAGACAUCGCUUCAUUUACUGGAUUUUAUCUUUAUUUAUAUAUUUUUUAUCUCAUGGGAUUACCCGCCCGCUGACCCAGCGCCCCCCCGGACCCUUUAUUCCAUGCCCCCCCCCCUUCUGUCACAAUGACGGUACUUUGAGGGCGACGUGAGGCAGAGACCAGAGCCGGAGACAACGACCCCCUCCCCCGUCGAUGGUCCGCUCACAGUCGGCCCCCCCCCGCACCGCUUGUCAUCCGGUGGAGGACAGACUUGUGGUUUUGACUCCCUGAAGCCGUAGAAGCAGCAGCCCCCGGUUGGUCGGAUCGAUCGGUCGCAGCAGGGCGGAAGAUGGCGGACCUGGAGGCGGUGCUGGCCGACGUCAGCUACCUGAUGGCGAUGGAGAAGAGCAAGUCGACCCCCGCGGCCCGGGCGAGCAAGAAGAUCAUCCUGCCGGAGCCCAGCAUCCGCAGCGUGAUGCAGAAGUACCUGGAGGAGAGGGACGAACUGACCUUUGACAAAAUCUUCAAUCAGAAAAUCGGCUUCCUCCUCUUCAAGGACUUCUGCAUGACUGAGAUCGACGAGGCUGUUCCUCAGCUCAAAUUCUACGAAGAGAUUAAGGACUAUGAGAAGCUGGACUCGGAGGAGGAGCGGCUGAGCCGCAGCCGGCAGAUCUACGAUGGAUACAUCAUGAAGGAGCUGCUGUCCUGCUCCCACCCCUUUUCUAAGAAAGCUGUGGACCACGUUCAGAGCCACUUGACGAAGAAGCAGGUUCCUCCGACUCUCUUCCAGCCGUACAUCGUGGAGAUCUGUGACAGCCUGAGAGGGAAGAUCUUCCAGAAGUUCAUUGAGAGUGACAAGUUCACUCGCUUCUGCCAGUGGAAGAACGUGGAGCUGAACAUCCACCUCACCAUGAACGACUUCAGCGUUCACCGGAUCAUCGGCCGCGGCGGCUUCGGGGAGGUGUACGGCUGCAGGAAGGCCGACACGGGAAAGAUGUACGCCAUGAAGUGUCUGGACAAGAAGAGGAUCAAGAUGAAGCAGGGCGAGACGCUGGCGCUCAACGAGAGGAUCAUGCUGUCACUCGUCAGCACGGGGGACUGCCCCUUCAUCGUGUGCAUGACGUACGCCUUCCACACCCCCGACAAGCUGUGCUUCAUCCUGGACCUCAUGAACGGUGGCGACCUGCACUACCACCUGUCCCAGCACGGCGUGUUCAGCGAGAAGGAGAUGCGCUUCUACGCAGCAGAGAUCAUCCUGGGUCUGGAGCACAUGCACAACCGCUUCGUGGUCUACAGAGACCUCAAGCCAGCUAAUAUCCUGUUGGAUGAACACGGUCAUGUUCGGAUCUCUGACCUGGGCCUCGCCUGCGACUUCUCCAAGAAGAAACCUCACGCCAGUGUGGGCACUCAUGGCUACAUGGCUCCAGAGGUCCUCCAGAAGGGGACGGCCUACGACAGCAGCGCUGACUGGUUCUCUUUAGGCUGCAUGCUCUUCAAACUCCUACGAGGGCACAGUCCCUUCAGGCAGCACAAGACCAAAGACAAGCAUGAGAUCGACCGCAUGACGCUCACCAUGAAUGUGGAGCUGCCAGACUCCUUCACCGUGGAGCUCAAGGACCUCCUGGAGGGGCUCCUGCAGAGAGACGUCUCCAAGAGGCUGGGCUGUCAGGGCCGAGGAGCUGCGGAGGUGAAGGAGCAUCAGUUCUUCAAAGGCAUCGACUGGCAGCAGGUGUACCUGCAGAAGUACUCUCCUCCCUUGAUUCCUCCCAGGGGGGAGGUGAACGCCGCCGACGCCUUCGACAUUGGCUCCUUCGACGAGGAGGACACGAAGGGCAUCAAGCUGCUGGACAGCGACCAGGAGCUCUACAAGAACUUCCCUCUGGUCAUAUCGGAGCGCUGGCAGCAGGAAGUGGCCGAGACGGUUUACGAGGCCGUCAACUCGGACACAGACAAGAACGAGGCCCGCAAGAGGGCCAAGAACAAGCAGCUGGGCCACGAGGAGGACUACGCCUUCGGGAAGGACUGCAUCAUGCACGGCUACAUGCUGAAGCUGGGGAACCCGUUCCUCACCCAGUGGCAGCGCCGCUACUUCUACCUGUUCCCCAACCGGGUGGAGUGGAGGGGGGAGGGGGAGUCACGGCAAAACCUGCUGACGAUGGAGCAGAUCGUCACGGUGGAGGAGACGCAGAUUAAAGACAAGAAGUGCAUCCUGCUGCGCAUCAAAGGAGGGAAGCAGUUUGUCCUGCAGUGUGAGAGCGACCCGGAGUUCGUGCAGUGGAAGAAGGAGCUGACGGAGGCCUUCACCGAGGCCCAGAAGCUGCUGCGCCGAGCCCCCAAAGUCAUCGGCAAGGGGCGGGCCGGGGGGGUGGAGCUCUCCAAGCCGCCACUCACACACCGCAACAGCAACGGCCUGUGAACACGCAGACCUACACACACACUCAGACACACACACACACACACACACACACACACACUCUCGACCAAUUGCAGGUGUGCCAUCUUUUCUUUGCGUACCAUGUGACCUCGCCAGUAGACGGGGAGGAGUGAGCCAGCAGGUGUCGGCAUGUGAAGCACCUCUGCAUGAAUGUGACGAGGACUAAACCCCCCCCCCACACGGUCUCCCAUCCCCCCCCCCCCCGCUGACGAGGCGUCUUUAGCGGGGGAAGUUUUUUUUGUAGAGAAAUAACAAAAAGGAUCCUUUGUUCAUCAAGUGCCAACAUCAAACAUUUACUUGAGGGGGGGGCUGAUCAUUCCGAUGCAGGAAGUACAAGGAGCCGCAGACUUCUUCCCGAUUGUCUCUCGGCCGGUUGCCAUGGAGACAGAUUCUGACGACGGGAGGUGGCAGGCGGUUGCCGUGGGAACAGCGAAGAACUCGUGUACCUGGGGAUGGGUAACCACGGACAACGGUGUAACUCUUGUGUGUAAAGACUUGCCGAUACGAGGGGGGGGGGGACUGAGUGUAAAUAGACGCCCCCCCUCUCUGAGUCUGCCCCUGCUUCAGGGGGAGGGGCUUGUUGUCCUGCUGCGUCACUGAACACGUGGAGACCACAGAACCUCUUUAAAGGGAGGAACUUGCCCCCUUAAGGACCCCAACGUUGUGCUUUGUGUAUGAACCCCCCCUCGAGGAGAAGUGAGGAAGACGAUGCUGAAGCUAAUUAAAGGAGAAGUCCACCCUUCAACUCAUCUCUGACAUCUGAGGCCUUUCAGGUGUUCUGCAUGUCGUCCUGCACCGAGGAGAUGGCCUGCGUUUCCCAGAAUGCCUCUGGUUGAACGAUUAUUUCUAUCUGAUAAUGUGCUUGAUAAAACACCAGAGGGGAUCUUUUUUUUUUUAUAUACCUCCUAAAUUUAUUCCGCUUCCUCUCACCCGUCACAAUAAAAGCAUCCAAUAGUUUCUUCUGUCGUUGAGUUUCCCUCAAAGUACAAUUUGACCUUUUCUCUUAAAUGUUGCACACGUUUUUAAGUCGGGGUUCUUUUUAUUUCCCACGCAGAUCUCGUCGAUGCGUUUGUUGAUUUCAGGGUUUUGAUGUGCCGCCGGGGGGGGCGUGGCCAGAGCUGUGAUGACGCGUGACGUCUUGGAGCAGGGUUGUGAUGUCUUUGUUGUUUUUUUUCUUCGUAGCCUUCAAACCAGUCGAGUAGAGAAACCGUCUUAGAGAGGAAGUCUGUCUUUUAUUUUUGUAAACCAAAAUGUUUUUUUUUUCUUUUUUCAUUACGUUGUUGCACCUUUUAGCCCAAAUGUGUUACUUAAUAGGUGUUAAAUGUGCCAAAUAACUGUUGCUGAUUGAGGGGAACCAAUGGGAAGUCUCCUUUUUUUUUUUUUAGUUCACACACACACACACACACACACACACACACACACACACACACACACACACACACACACACACACACACACACACGGUGGAGGGUUUAAAAAAAAUAAACUGUGACCAAACAUUUCCCUGGAGAGCGUGUGCCGCGUUGCCAUGGAGACGCACCAUCCAGCUCAAUGUCGUCACGCGCUUCGCCGACUGCGCUUUUAUUUUUAUUUCUUUCAGUCACACAGAUUCUCACAAACGAGACGUUUAAAGAAAAUAAUAAAAAAAAUAAGGAUGGCAUAUAGGAGAAAAAUUCAAAAGUAUAUAUAAAUAUAUGUGUAUAUGAAAUGAGGAAAUGUUCUAGGUUUAUUUAAAAGAUUUAAUGUAGAGAAAAGAAAAAAUGGUCGGGGUGCUUCUCUUUUCUUUUUUUUUCUUCUCCGUGAGUUUUAAUGGUUUCGUGGUGAAGACUUCGGCUCAAAUCUUUGCACAUAAAGACUUUAGAUAUUGUACCUGCGAGUUCCAGAUGAUUAUUUUUGUUUGAAUACAGGACUCUUUGCUCUUUCAUAUUUAUUGUGUGUUUUUUUCGGGAGGCUCGCACACAUCGAACUCACAGACGGACUCAAAUACUACUGGCAGUUCUAUAAUGCUAUUCUUCAGUGACUAUUACCAGAGGUUUGUUAUAUACAUCAUUUGUUUUCUUCUUUUUGGAGACUGGUAGGAAAGUUGGGCUGCUUGUAAAAACAGUUCCUGAAUAAAAAUCCUUUUUCCGUGUU